CCUCUUUAUAUAUCUUCUUAUUAUUCUUGUCAAAACCCAUUUACAGAUACCCAAAAAUUCUUUACAAUGUUAGGAGGAAUUAGUGAGGCAGGUGGAUCACAAAACAGCCUUGAGAUCAAUGAUCUUGCUCGUUUUGCUGUUGAUGCACACAAUAAAAAACAGAACACUCUUUUGGAGUUUGGAAAGGUUGUGAAUGUGAAGGAACAAGUGGUUGCUGGAACCAUGUACUAUAUAACACUGGAGGCGACUGAAGGUGGUAAGAAGAAAGCAUAUGAAGCCAAGGUCUGGGUGAAGUCAUGGGAGAACUUCAAGCAAGUCGAAGACUUCAAGCUUAUAGGGGAUGCCGCUAGUGCUUAACAAGUGCCAAGUGAUGUAUGCCUCUUGUGUAUGUGAAAAUAAAGCUGACAUAUUUUAGCUUAUCGGUAUUUGAAUAUCCUAAAGUAAGUUUUAAGUAACGGGUAAUUGUAACAAUGUUCCUUCAUAUGAUGUGAGCCUCCCAUAGGAUAGUUCUAUGCCAUUUCUUGUAUACGGUGUACUGCUUUCCCAUUGCUAAUAUAUCUGAGAAGCAUAAGCAAUUGCCAA